AGGCAGCCGUCAGCGAUGUCGUGCCAGCUGCGAUGCGUUCCGCCCGGGCACUCGCCUUUACGAGAUUUGAUCGGUCUCAGACGCGACCCCGCUCCUCCCAUGAGAAUACCAUAUAUCACAAAGGCGGCUAGGCGGAGAACGGCGCCCUGCCCCGGAUGCAUAUCGAAUGUCAACGCGGCGCAAUAAAUGCGUCGCCAUUGGGUCCCUCGCCAGUCCCGCCCCGUCCCCCGGCCUGAGGCAGCAUCUCUCACAUCAACGCUGGUACCGAGAUGCCCAAAUUCACUGUCGCCAUUUGUGGAGGUGGAGUAGGAGGCCUCGCUUGUGCAGUCGCCCUGUCGCGGUACCCCGACAUCGAAGUCAAUGUAUACGAGGCCGCAAGCAAGUUUGCCGAAGUUGGUGCAGGCGUCGGUAUCUGGCCGCGCGCGUGGAAGAUCGUGCAAGCUCUCGGACUCGAUCGGGAACUCGCAGAAGUCGCGGUCGUCAGCCCUGACCACCAUCCAAAACUGUCAUUCAAUUUCCGCAAGGGCGAUCAACCCGAGGGCCAUACCUUCUAUCAGCUCUAUACCCCAGGCGGCCUUGUCACCAUCCAUCGACCAUCGUUCCAGCGGAUCCUCCUCCGCCACCUGUCUCCGUCCUCACGCACCCACACCGGCAAACGGCUCGUCUCAUAUAGCCAACCAGCGCAAGGAAGCUCUCACUCUCCAAUCACGCUGCACUUCGAGGAUGGCUCGACAGCGGCCUGUGACGUUCUCGUCGGCGCCGAUGGGGUGAAGUCCGCCACGCGCGCCACGCUCGUCGACGAGCUCGCGCGUGCUGCCAGCUCUGCAGGGAGGAGGGACGAGGCCGAAGCUCUUCACCGAGCGGCGCAGCCACGGUGGAGCGGGAUAUGUGCCUACAGGACUACAAUCCCGGCGGAUGCCCUUCGAGCGCGAGUGCCCGGCCACAAAGUGCUCAAGGAGCCUAUGGCAUACUUCGGCCAGGACGCACAAGUAACUGCAUACCCCCUCUUGCAUGGUGAUAUCAUCAACGUCGCUGCAUUUCGAGCGCGAUACGACCUGGAAGGAACGACGAUGCGGGGACCCUGGGUCGUUGACACCACAAAAGACGAGCUUGCUGCCGAUUUCAGCGGCUGGGAACCGGAAGUACAGGCAAUGUUCCAGUGCGUCUCCAAGCUGAGCCGCUGGGCGAUCCACACCACAGAACGGCUGCCCACCUUUGUAUCUGGCCGCGUUGCUCUGGUCGGGGAUUCGGCCCAUGCCGCCGUUCCUUUUCAAGGAGCAGGCGCUGGUCAGGCAAUCGAGGACGCAUACUUGUUAGCCACCCUCCUCGGACAUUCAAAAACAACCCUAUCGACACUCACCCGCGCGUUGAAGAUAUACGACGAGGUCCGCCGACCGUACGCCCAACUCGUAGCAGAGACGUCGCGAGAAUGCGGGAUGCUCUUCACCUUCAACUACCCGGGCUUUUCCUCGAGAGACUUCGGAGAAGGUUCUGACGCGGACAAGCUCCGCACCAUCGCAGAGACGAUCCGGAGAAAAUGGUCGUGGGCUUGGGAUACCACGCUCGACGGAGAUGUCCAGCGGGCGGUUCAAUGGCUAGAGGCGAGCUAAAAUCGCUUCCCCAUUGCGACCGCUCCGAGACCGCCUGUGUACUGU